AUGAAGUUGGAAGAUCUACCUAGUGAUAUCUUGUAUCGAAUAACCACAUACGGUGGUUUGGAUAUACGAUCUAUUAUCAAUCUUUCCCUUACCAAUAAACAACUAUUUGGCAACAUAACUAAUGAUGAUCAAUUAUGGAGGUAUGUUUAUUAUCAUAAUUGGGGAUCUACAAGUGAGGAUUAUCAGAUUAGUCAUGUUCUAAGUAGUGAUAAGACUUACUUUGAUAAUGUCAUGCACUUUUAUAAACUUUCAAAAGAGUUAGAGGCUGAUUUAAAACGAUAUGAACCAUGGGGCAAUAUUAAUGUGGGUUAUUAUCUUAACAAAUAUACCCAUGAAGAUGUUUAUAUCCCUAUUAUUGUCCAACAUUUGAAUAAGAAACAUCAGAAUUUAUUAUCUAGUCUUCGAAAAUUCCAUGAUACUGAAUUAACUCAACUAUCAUUACUUAGUAAUAUCAAUAAUUGUCAGAAUUUUAGAAUUGGAUUAAAUUAUUUGAAUGAUCCUGAUGAUUCCGAUUUGGAAUAUGCUUGGUUUAUGACUAGUGUGAUGAACAAUGGAUCUCAUAAGUUGAUUCAUAAUAGAUUAAACAAAUUACAAUUGAUUAGAACCAAGUUAUAUGAUAUCAUUUAUAGAGACGACUUACAAUCACAUAACCUCACCAAAGUCAAUUUGAGUGCAAGUAAUGAUUUAUCAUUUAAUGAUGAAUCAGCUUACUACAAUUUCAUACAAAAAGCUAUUAAUGAGAUUUAUUCUUGUUUAUCAAUUGAAAAAUUGAGAAAAGAAAUGGUAAAACUUGAUAUUAGUUAUUAUCAUGAUACAUUUAUUGAAGAUUUCGAUAUUUUAAGAGUUUACAGCGAUCUUAGUAAAGGUCAUCCCUAUGUUAUAGUGUCUAUUAUUCAAAAGGCAUUAUAUGAAUUUAUGAACAAGUUUAAUUCAAUAUCGGUAGCUGGUCAACCCAUCACUUUUACAGCUGACAUUACGAAAGUAUUUUUAAAAGUUAAUAAUUUUUAUGUAUUUCCCGAACUUAAUCAUAGUGGUUCUGGUCAUCCUUAUAGAUUACGAAAUUUUACAGGUAGUGAAGUAUUUGAUUAUUUACGAAGUUUAAAUAUGAAUCAUAUGACGGUGGAGAAUUUUUUGAAACCAUUCCAACAAUCAGAAUAUAAAGAAAUGGUUAUUAAUCUUGAACAAUUAAGUUCAAUUCAUUCAGCAAGAGAAUGUGUCAUAUAUGAACGGAGACCUACUGAAUUCUUGAAUCCCGACGAGUUAGAAUUUAAAGAAUUCAUUGGUAAAUUUCUAUUUUAUAAGAGUAAUGGUGGAUACUCUGAUUUUUCAAUUUGUUCUGAUUUUGAACGAUAUUUAAUGGAUCUGAAUAAUUUAAUUCAUUUCAAUACACUUUAUCAAAUCUUAAAAAAAAAUAAUAAUCAAUCAAUUCGAAUGCUUACCCAAUAUUUUAAAUUACCGGUUGAUAUAGAAUAUAAUGAGUUUUAUGGUAAGCAUUUCAAUUUAUUAGAUGAAAAAAGUCCUAUAUCGUUUCAAAGAGUUAUAGAAUCGAAGAUUAGAUACACCCAGAGAGGAUGGUCAACUCCAUUCACAGAUAAAACUGCCAGGGGUCAACUAGUCAAGCAUUCAAGAUUUGAUACAAUUGGGGUUGUUCUUGGACCAGUUCGUGAAAGUGAUGUCACUAACGGUGCCAACAAAUAUUAUUAUGUCCACACCAUGAAUAAGUCAAUCGAAGUGUAUGAUAUAAGCGCUUUGAUUCCUAUAAAUGAUCCAGUUGGUGAUAAAGAUUUAGUGAUAAAUUUUAUAGAGAGGGCAGGUAUUGAAAUCAUUGGCCUAUUUUAUUUCUCAGAGAUCCAGUAUUUGGAUGGUACACCAUUUUUCAUUGAUAUUAAGGUGUAA